AUGAGCUCAAACAAAGGUUACUACGAAGGCUACACCCAGGGAUACAACCAGGCCUACGAUCAGGCGUCAUACAACCAGGGCUACAACGAAGCUCUCAGCCAAGGCGCCGGGCUGUCUUCUCCGAGCAGUGGCCACCACCAUCACCACCACCAUGGCUUGCUGAGCGAAACCGGAGAGCGUCUCUUUGAGAACUACGAACGGCCGGUUAACUCCAACUACAACGGAGGCAGACCUGUCUACGAAGACCAAGAGCCCCACACCCACGUCCCGCUUAAGGAAAAGGCCGAGAAAACGUUUGAAAACUAUGAGCGUCCGGUUAACCACCACUACAACAACGGUGAUCCCAUUUACAAGAACCACGAACCCCGUGUCUACGAACAACACCCCCCUGAACCACUUGUCAACGAACAACGCCCCCACGAACCUCGCCUCUACGAAAAGACUCUCCCCGAGUCUCGCAGCCACCAUCAUCACGGCCACAAACAUCACGUUCACAUGCCUUUUCAGGAAAAGGCAGAUAAGCUUUUUGAUAAUUACGAACGCCCCGUCAACAAAGACUAUCAUGGUGGAAGACCCGUGUAUGAGGACCAGGAACCGCUUGUACACAUUCCCAUUAAGGAGAAGGUGCACGAUCCCAUCACGGAGAAAGUACACGUGCCCCUCAAGGAGAAAGCCGAAGAAACUUUCGAAAACUAUGAGCGUCCUGUCAACAAGAACUACCACGGCGGUAGACCUAUCUACGAGGAUCAAAAGCCUCAUGUGCAUGUCCCCCUCAAGCAGAAAGCUGAAAAGGGUUUUGAAGACUACGAGCGUCCUUUGAACAAGGACUACGAUGGGGGUCGCCCCGUCUAUGAAGACUACCAUAUCGACACUGGCAGAGGUGCUCCCAAACCGACUGGCGUUUACCGUUCACCCAUCUCCGACAAGGGACACUUUGAAAACCAAAGUCAAGGUCGCUACGCUACUGAGACUAUUACCACAACUACCAGAACGGUCAAAGCUCAACAACCUCGUGGUAAUGUGCACAACACUGAACCUCAGGUCCAAACUCAGGAACGCCACUACACCGGCGAGAACUUCGGUGGGGUACCCAUUACCCGCAGUUAG